AAAUGUAAGGCAGGAAUUAUGUACAGAAGGCUUCAUGACUGUUUUCCUUUUGUUUUUGGUAUGAAUGUAAAUGCAUUGAUUAUUGGAUGCAUUUAUUCUGGCUUCAAAAAGACAGUAUGGAGUUAGUCGUGCGUUGUAUACCGUCGAUUUUGCAAUUAACAGUUACGAUUGACUAACCUGUCACAACACGCUGUACGAAAGGUCUGUUUUGAAGCUAGAAUAGCUUCAGCCUUCGUUAUUGUGAUAGCUAUCACUAUCAGCUUGAUGCAUUCUCUCCAAAUAUCACAUUCUAAUUUAGCCAUUAGUUUAGAUGUUAGAAUAUACAGCACUCCAAGCUAUUAAAUAGAGUUGCAGCUCACUAUUUAUCUACACAAUCGUUAUGUUUUUUAAGAUUUGAAGCUUGAGAAAAUGGACACUGAUGGGAAAGUUAUCACUUGCAAAGCUGCAGUAGCAUGGGGGCCAAAGGAGCCCCUGGUUAUAGAGGAUGUGCAGGUACAUCCUCCAAAGAAAAUGGAAGUCCGGAUAAAAAUUACCCAUACUUCUCUCUGCCAUACUGACGUUACAUUCUGGGCAAAUGGGGAUAAAAGCAAAUUUCCCCGCAUAUUUGGCCACGAGGGUGCAGGAUUAGUAGAGAGCGUGGGAGAAGGAGUGAUAGAUCUGAAGCCAGGAGAUCAUGUGAUUCCUUUAUCCUCAGGAGAGUGUGGAGAUUGUGUGUACUGUAAAUCCAAAGAUACAAAUAUGUGCGAAAAGUAUAAAGCUGAUCUUUUCAGAACAGUGAUGAUAAAUGAUGGAGAGACUCGGUUUUCUAUUGGUGGGAAGCCGGUUUACCAUUUCAUGAUGUCAUCUACAUUUAGCCAAUAUACAGUUGUGGACUAUGCAUGCGUUACCAAAAUCAAUCCCAAUGCACCUUUAGAUAAGGUCUGCUUGCUUGGCUGCGGUGUUGCCACAGGUAUUGGAUCUGUCUGCAAUGUAACUGAUGUGGGACCUCAAUCAACCGUGGCUAUUUUUGGACUUGGCACCAUUGGACUUGCAGCUGUACAAGGUGCAAAAAUUAAUGGUGCAUCCAGGAUCAUCGCUGUAGACAUCAAUCCUGACAAGUUCGAGAAAGCCAAAGUAGUAGGAGCCACUGAUUGCAUUAAUCCAAAAGAUCACGUGAAACCGAUUGAUGAGGUAAUAAGAGGCAUGACUAAUGGAGGAGUGGAUUACAGCUUCGAAUGCGCUGGGAAUGUUGAUGUUCUGCACCAGGCAUUUGCCUCCACUAAUGAGUUGUUGGGUUUGACAGUGUUGGUGGGGCUAGAUCCUAGUCCACGCAAGAUAUCUCUCACUCCAUUGGAUUUGCUUUACGGGAGAAGAAUUGUAGGAGCAAUACUUGGACGAUACAAAGGGAAAACACAAUUGCCUGAGCUUGUGGAGAAAUAUAUGAACAAAGAGAUUAAUUUGGAUACUUUUAUCACCCAUGAGAAACCUCUGGCAGAUAUCAACACAGCAUUUGAUUUGCUGUUGGCGGGCAAGAGUUUAAGAUGUGUCAUGCAAAUGUUCUAAGAAUUAAGAGGUGAAUGCUGAAUAUUUGUGUACAAAGGCAAAUAAGAAUAGUCACCCAAAUAUUAUUAAUGUAUAGAUAGGUAACAUGUUGUAGCUAACUGUGCACUUUUUGUGAAACUAUGUUUUGUGAUUCUUGGGUUUUUAUUUGACUAUUUUGUGUUGGA